GUCAUGCAUGGCAUGGCAAUGCACCUCAAUGUUGCAAUCUAAGUCCAGAAGUCGCUCAAUUUCUCGUCGUUUCCGGCCUGUUUUGCUCACACUAAACCGUGACCAUGGGUCAGAUUUCCGCAUGAUUACGCCGCACCGGAUUAUCCAGAAAUAGCCGUCCAGUGGAGCUGUGUUUUCCGGGAAGAGAAUCGGGCUGUUCAUGGAGCUGUUCCAAGCGGUCGGUGAAUCACCGUGAUCGGUACGUGGGCAACGACAGCCAGCGGUGUACUGCAGUAAAAAUUGCGCUCAGCGGAUGAUCGUAUGAUCCAUCGAUCGUGGGAUAAAUGGCCGAGAACUAGCACCUCUUUUAAAUCGGUUUAAAUCCCAAAUGGCAUCCUUUGCAAUGUUAGUGAACACUGAACUUGUAACGAAAAAUGGCUGCUGCCGAAAAAGUGGUUAUUAAGCGAUCGAAGUCAAGGGAACAAUCGGAGCCCGACGAGACAAGUUACAGAUCAAACGAAAUUGAGAAAAAAGCAUUGUGGCUCAAGACCAAGCUGAAGGAAGGCCCCGUUGAUGGCCCCUCCAGCUUGAGGACCUACCGCGAGGACAUCCGCCAGAUCCUCUUCAAGGAGUUCCACAGUCCCAUCAGCGACUUGGAGAUUGGGGUGGUGGUACGCCAGGCCUUCCCCAGGCACAGCCGCAAAGGCAAGUACUACUUGGGGAUCGGGACCUGCGAUGCCGAGGAUGCUGACGGGGCCUGCCGAAAGAUUACAACCGACAACCCAAAGUCAUUGAUGACCGUGCAGUCCGACGGUGACAGCAGAGAGCCCUCGCCAGUGAUGCUGAAACCGGUCAAGAAGCGCGCCAUCCAGGAAUGGAAGGAAACAGAGAACGGACAAGCAUUUGCCGCCGACCAGCUGAUCCGGGAUGCAAACAACCAACCCUCAGCACCAGCCGUUUCCGUGGCCCCCAGCGAUGGCCUGGUGGAGCCCCCGUGGCGACCGAUGCUUAUGCUGCCUCAGCCCCUCCCCAUGUCCCCGCGGGGCAUGCUGUUCCCCUCGGGCCAGCUCACGGUCAACCUCAGCCGCAAUCUAGCCCCCUCCCGGGCCCGCAAGCGCCCCAGCACCGACCUACAGGUUGGCGGGCUCCACAAAAUGGGCUACGGGGCAGAGAGGGUCGGCAAGAAGCCUCGAAAAGAAGGUGCUAUGAUUGAACUCUCCUCUUCCCGCAAUGGACUCAUAGCUGACCGGACUAAAUUACCGGCCAAGCAUAUACAGCCUAUAAUACUAGACUUUGAUGUUACUCCACCAAAACUACCUCUGCGGGUGCCGUCACCUGUCAGCUCUGGUGCCUCACUCGAUCAGGCCAAUGCGAACGAGUCGUCUGCAGCAAAGGAGCGAAGCAAAUCUGAAGAGACUUCUGAUGGCAAAAAGGACAGAAUGCCCGUCAGCCCACACUCUGCCGAUAGUGCUGAGAGCUCUCACUCUAAACCAGAAGAUUCUCCGAACAAAUUGCUGCAGGUACCUUCGAGCGAUCCAGGGAACUCCCCAGAUAGCAAGAGGAGCCUGGAUAAUAAGAGUCCACAUCCAUUCAAGAAGCCAGACAUUGACAGCUACAGGAACAACGUCUCGGCUGGACGAUGCUUCAUGUGUCAGAGCCCCAUUCCUCCGAAUUCGAGCAAGGAUGCCUCUCAGCAAGAAAGUGCAAUAUUGUCCAUUUGUAUGAAGUGUAAGAAAGUGGCCAUGUCUGGUUCCACGUCAUUGAAACCUGUACCAAAGUUUCCGUUAGCCUGCAACCCCACGCUGGCGCCGAGGACAGUCUACGUUCCACCACCGCGGAGGCAGACUCGGCCCAGGCCACCUGCACCCACGGGACCGCAGAAAGCGGUGGGGAUAAGACUCUACCCGCCGAGGUCACGCUCCAAGUCAUCGUCUUCGCAGCGGUCCACACCUGUUCAGUCGCCGUUGGCACCCCCAAGUUCCCCCGGUCAGAUGUCCAUGCCGGGCUCACCGGCCCCGAGUCUGCCGAUGGGCAGCCCCCAGCCAAUGUCGCCAGCCAUCAUAAUGCACAGUGCUCCACCAAGCCCCAGGCACCCCUCAGAUGCUGGCCUCAAGAUGAGUCGCUCUUUGCCACCGAGUCCAUCCAUGAUCCACCAGCAUCCGGCCUCCCCUGCCGCCCCGGAUGCCCGGGAGCCCGAUUGUUCCAAGAAACUCUUACCAUCUGCCUCUUUACAAGUCCCCAGCCCCUACAGUUCCAAUCCCUCAACUCCUGGUGGCAGGGAUUCCUCCUCUUCAGAGAAGUUGUCCCUGCCACCAGGACGAGAGCAGGAUGAUGCAACCAUCAAAGCACUGCUUCAGUUAGGAAGAGGAUUUGAGAGGGCCCCCUCUGAGCAUAGCACCGACAGUACACCUGUGCCCUCCCCAACAAGUAGGCCCCCUGAGAAAGACUCUCUUCCAAUGCCCAACCCCACCAAUAGUAUUCCCAUACCUCACUCUCCCACCAGCAUACACAUACCUCAUGUUGCGAUGCCAGGAAGCCUUCCACACCUAGCAGGGCAGGUUCCCAUGAUCCCAUCAAAUGCAGGGGUGGUGAUGGGUCCCGAAGGUCAGCUUUUACCCAUCAUCCCAAGCUGGGCCCCUCUAGGUGUCCCCACCAGUGAGGCAUUGAACAUCUUAUCGCACGGCUGCUCCCCAGUGCCAUUGCUGAUUCAGCAGCCCAUGACCCAAGAGUCCUCCAGCCCAAUUGUCUCAGUUGCGACCUUAGACCCAGCCUCGUCAGGCAUUAGGUCUCGCACCCUCCCAGAACCAUCAAAGACAAAUGCUGGACUCGUUCUGGACAGCCACACCCAAGAUUUAUCAACCCUGAAAUAUCGGAAAGGCUUGAAGAGAUCCCGAGUAUUAGAGAGGAAUACAGACUCCCCCAGAGCAGACCCGACCCACGAAGACAAAUCCAAGCCACCAAUUGUAAUAGUUGGGACGAACUGUGCGGGGUCCACGUCUGUCAAACUCAAGAACAAUUCCAGGGAGCCCUUGUACCCCCAGGAGCCAGUGUCCCGCGAACUGCCAGGGAUGUAUGGCAAGCUGUUCACUGCCUUCUGCUGUCGCUGCUCGGGCCGGGAGAUCAUGCUGCUGCAGUGCCCGGACUGCGACUUUGUGUGCAACACCAAGUGUGGGAUGGAGCAGCACAUCGCCGCCCAGCGCCACAUGGAGAGCCACGGGAAGGGCAGCAUGCUGGAGGCCAUGACCCGGCAGGCCAAUGAGGCUGAUGACAGGGACGAGAUUGGCUCACAGUCCUCCGUUGAGACUCAGUCCGCAGACACUGAUCCUGAUGCUGCAUCCCCGCCUCCUACAAGGAUACCGAGAGAGGUUCCAUGGGCCAGGAUCACAGAUCCUACUAGUCAGGUACCUGUUCCCCUUUGGCAGAAUAACCUCUUAAAUGUCAUGCCAGAGCGUGGCAUUCCUGUGGAGACCACCCCACCAAGGCCUAGCCAAGCCAAGUUUGUGGUGUCUUCCAGCUUCGGCAGUUUUGGAACAGUGACUGAAAACACAGUACCCCUUGAUCUCAGCGGGCGGACGUUCCAUCCCGCACCAUAUUUUCCCUUCGAGCUGAAGGAACCCCGGAGGGAGAGCUCUGCGGAGGAGUCAAGUCCAUUGGACCUGUCUGGUUACAGCAGGCCGUCCAUCAUGUCUACCGAAGGGAACGGGAGCCUGCAUCCCUUCCUCUCCAGCAGGAAGCUGGGUCCUCAGGCCGGCAUCACGCCCAAGAAAACUCCACUGGACCUGAUGUCCAGUCAGCAGCCAUCAACCGCACCCGGCCUCAUUGUGGCAUCUCCCAGCAUUAAGAAGUGCCCCCAGCCUCCAGUGCCGCACACCUUCUUUGAUCUGAUGCGGCUGCACGGCAUGCCGGUCCCCACGACAGCCAUGAUGCCAACGUUGAAUCCCUCUAAGGGCCUACAGUCUUCAAGCUCCUCCAAGCUGCCGACCGGGCGCCCUCCACCUGACCCAUCCUUAUUAUCAGUAGCUAGGACCCAGCCAGACAACCCCUCCAGCUCCAAAUCCAGUCCCAUCAUUCCAAGCAUUGUCUUAUCCAGCAGCUCCUCAACAUCUCCUUACGUAUCAAAAGCUUUGUCCUACCCAACCACUGAAUUAACCCGCCCGCCCCCUGGUGUCAUAACCUCCCCAAUUUUAACCAAGCCCCAAUCUCUAAACUUCCAAGGAGGCACAAUAUCCAUUAGGCCUACCAUUCCGUUACCUCAGGCGCUCGUUUCAUCCAAGACUGUUCCAGUGCUUUCACCCUUUCUGCCGCCAGGCUCAGGUCCAGCAUCUGCCUCAGAGACAAGAACUUCUCCUGGUCGGGAAUUCCCCCACAUGGACUUACUCAGUGUCAGUGUGGGCUCUCCCAAGGUAAAUGUUGGAUCUCCGAGCAGGAUUUCUCCGAGCGUUCGAGAAUCACCAAAAGCAAGACACAGACACAAUGCUCUGGAGUCUCCAAGGGAGUACUCCGGUCGGAAGGAUCCUUCACCUGUGAGGUCUCCUCAGCAGGUGCACAUCAAGAUUGAACCCCCAGACUCUCUCCAAGAGGUAGAAUAUUGCCAGAGAGCUGUAGAGAACAAUCGUGAGCAACAGUGGCACAAGGAAGCAGAGGAGCAGGCCAGACUUCUUGAGGCAAGCCUGGUUGUACCUCACCCUAGCCCCGUUCGCAGUAGGGUAGUAACCGUGGCCCCAAGUGGGAUCGGCAGGACCAUGUGGGGCAUCUCGUCCAAGAGUUUACAAAUCAGGGACAGUGGGUACGUGGACACCAUGGCAAAUUUCCCCACGUCCCCACGGACAGUUUCAGACAGGCCACUGUCGGGGACGAGCCAAAGACAUGACACACACAGUGGUGCUAGUGAAUCCUCAGGGGGCCAGAGAACUAAACUGUCAGCCAGAGAAGCCGUGGAUGCACCAGCAACCAGCCCAGAUGUCCAGGAAAAUUAUCUCGAAACACCGGAGGAGGCUUCUGAAAACGGUGAAGAAUAUAGCCCACCCGGCCACACUGUUGCUUCAAGCGGCAGCACCGGCCAGACUUUCAGAGUACCAACGGGCUCAGACUGCAACGACAAUCGGAGCGACAAGACAGAUCUAAUCACGGAGCCUGUUAGUCCUGCCGCACUUCACAUCAAAGAAGAGAAGUAAUGCUUCGGCUGAGAGAAAUCGACCGCUGAAUGCUUUCUGAACUGACAGCAGUCAUGGGUUGUACAAGGAGAGGACAUGUCUGGACUCCGGACCUCAAUUUGCAGGAAGAGAAUGGAGUGGUGACCAGUCAUGAGGCUUAGUGCACGACUACAGAUUUGGAAAGUGUCAUUUGGAUAAACAGGGUUUGCCUGUGAGCAACCUGAUCAUAUUGGUGAAUAUUUCACUAGUGUUAUAAAGUAGACCGUGCGCAGGUGCACUUCAAGGAAAGUGUGCUGCUCUUGCUCUUGUGAUGUGAGGAGACUGCGAAGCGCCCUCUAGAUUUUGUGUUUGAAGCCUUCAGACUGAUGACACAGACUGCAAGAAGAUUUUUUUGGGGGGGAGGCUAAUCAGAAUGGUUAGAACUCAGAAUGGGAACUGUUCACAUGCUCAAGAAUAGAGACCCGUUUGGUACAGAUGACGGAUAAUGCAAAGCAGGAUUUCCGACGGGGGCAUCUGGUUGCUUCGGUGAUACCUAUCAACUUCAUUUAUCGUUUCAUCUCCGUGGAGAAUGAGGCCAAUUUCUUGCAUGUUUUCCUUUACGUGUGGCCUGCUUACCUGCCCAACAGAUUCAUUUAUUGCUUGGCUUAUUUCUUCGUAAUUGUUUUGUCAUGUUUGUUUUUUAAUUUGCAAGAAGGCUGCAAAAUUUCAGGGGCUUCCAGACUUCAAACUGCUGAAACCAGGCCUGCAGUUUCUUGAAUGUCUUCAAAAUGAAGAGUCACAUCCUUGCUUUUAAGCUCAGGUAUCAUUUUAUUAUUCAGAAGCUGGCCUGAUGAUUUUUUUUCUUUUUCCCUUUUUUGCUUUUGUUUUUCAUCUGUUUAAUUGUUUCUGUCUGGUCAGUUACCAUUUGGAAACAGUGCAUUGAUUUGUUGACGUAGUUGUUCUUUGACAGUUUUGGUCAGCCAUUGGUGGAAAGGGAGGGAACAGAAGUAUGUGAAAAUCAGGAGCAUUACCAUUGUCGUCUUUUGUUGCGUUGCUAAAUCUUGUCUACUGAAACCCCUUUUUUGCAAGCAAGAUAGCCAUACACUGUUUCCAUUUGGCAGAUGCCACUUUUCCAUAUGUACACUUUGGGGGCAGAGGUUUCAGUUCUGUACAUUGUCAGCCAACUUUCUUAUAAACUCAACCAUGUGGACACAAUGCGUCCUUGACAUGUGUCGGUGGAAAGGUGCAUUCAUUCUUUGGACAACCACCAGCGCUUCAAUCAAAUUUAAGGACAUCCUCAAAUUGCUACUUUGAAUAAGAGAUGACCUGCGCGAAAUUUAAUUUUCGAACCAACUCCCUCAAAACUAAAAAUCCUUACCCAACUUUGAAUAGUUUAAGCUCCUGUAUUUUUGUUUUAAUGUAUGAAAUCGAAUUUAAGAUAUAUAUCAUCAAAUGAAAGGGUACUGUUAAUUCCAAAAAUGAUGUAAAUAUUUUAAUAUGUAAAUUAAUGUAUAAAAUUGAAUUGAAAUUACUAACCUUACAACAAGAAAUGAGAGAUUAUAUUUGUGUUCGAAUUGUUCCCAUGUUGUGGUUGUUGCAAAGUGCCUCAAGGGUACAGAAAAUUGGGAUUAUAUACAACGCUAUACCAUGCUAUAAUAGUACACAGAAAGUUUUAUUCUAACACCGUGUGUAACACUAGGGCCCUUGCUUAUAGUUUAUCAGUGUUAGCAUAUUGGGCGCUUUUUAAUAAGUUUAUUUUUCUCCCUUUUUACUGUCAAAACAGUAAAAUGUUAUGAUUUUAAUCGGAGAGUUGAAUAAGACGCCCUCAUUCAAUGUGCUGCUAAAGGUACAGUCUGUCAUUUGCAUUUAUCCAAAAAUUAACUGACAAUUAAUGUUGAAAAGCGUACUUGGUUUAAACGUGGUUAUGGGACUAAACUCUGUGGGAAAUUAUUCCUUCUGGCAAGCUGUCAUUUUUAAGAAAACAGUGAAAGAAGGUUAUGUCCAACGAUGUGUCUGAAGACGCAUUUUGGGAAAUUGCCAUUAGUAGUUUGUUCUUAAUUUGAUGAAGCAUUGGCAUGUGUUGACACCAUGCACACACAUGCGGUUUCUUUAAUUAGCUCAGUAUGCACAAUCCUGAUGCUGCAGUUGGCCGAACGAGAACGGUUCCGAACGCUGAAUUGUGGCACAAUUCAAAACGUGACCUGGCAACUUUUGAUUUGAAACGAAUGUUGUUUUUAUUGGAAUAUAAAGCAUUCACUGAGCUGAUAUGUCAUCAGGUUGGUUUUUCAGCACCUUACAUUAGAUUUGAGCAUUUUUGUUGCCUCAAACGAACAUAACACACUCAUGGCAAAUGAUGGACUCAACCUUUAACACUGCUUGUGAUUGGAAUAGUUCUUGAUGGGGAUUAGUAUCAGCACAAGCGCGGAACAACCACCUUGUAGACUUUAUCCUCUGAACACAAUCUGAAAAUCAGUGUGUACAGCGUCGGUAAUCCCAAACAUGCUUUUCAGUGGGUUUCUGUCUCUCUUCAUUUUCCCCGGUGUUACUGGUGUUUUUUUAGUGUAAUGCAAGGAAUUUUAUCUUGUUUUGAAAACAUUUUAAGCUGCAUUUCUGCUGCAUUAUAUUAAAGUUUGAUUUUUGUUCGGGUCAGAAUCAUCAUAUUUACUCUGAAAUACUGUUGCCAACCUGUUAUUUUUUUAAAGCUGGACCAGGAGUUAAGGAAUUAUUUGUAAAUAAGCAAACAACCCGACCUACCUUUAACAUUCAGAGCUGCUGAUCUGAAGCUAAUAACUCUGCUGUGAUGUUUUUAUAGAGAAUUACGAGAAUUAUAGUUUUGGGAGAAAGGAUAUAAGAAUUAUUGGUUUGUGUUAUUUUUAAUCGUUCUUCCUUGUUCUUUGGUGGAAACGUGUAAGCAAUUUUUUGACUUUUUUUUCAUAAAUAGUGAUUGUAAUGAGUCACUUUAAGAAAUUCGUGAAGGAGUUAAAAUAGGCCUGUUGAUGUUAUAUUCUGAAUUUGCCGAAAUAGACAAAGGAGGCAACACAAGGAUGGAUCUGGGUGGGCACAGUGGGGUCAUUUCUUUUUUUGGGGGGUGGGGAUAAUGGAAGGCAACUUCUCUGUUCUCACACAUUUCCCUUCCAAAAGCAGGUCAAAAGCCCCAAAAUGUAGCCUCACCCCUUAUGAAACAUUGAGCAUAUUGUAGAUCGUCCCCUCCCCCCUCCAAAAAAAUAGGCCCUCCUGGAAAAAUUUUGUCCUGGAUCUGCCCUUGAGACCUCACCAGAUAACAAGUUGUGAAAGUAAGUGUUGUUGAUAGUUGGAAAGUGUCCUAAGUAGUUGAAAAACUUGACUUCUACUUGGGAAAGAAACAGUUGAAUUCUCUGUUUCAGGAAAAAGCAGCUGUGUUUUUAACAAUUGCGAGUUAAACUCCUUUUUUUUUGUAAUUCUUCUGGAGGCUGCGUCGACACUACUCGCUGUUAUGCAUUGUGCAGUUGUGAAAGCUGACCCCCAACUAAUGUAAAGCAAAAAGGAAAAAAAAAUGACAGCCAAAUUACGUCGCUCCAUCUGAGAAAAAGUUGAAUUUCAUUGCAACCAGAAUCUUUUGUGCAGAUGAUGGUUGGAUUCCGUCAACAUAAAGCAGUUGUCUAGCCAGUCAUUCAAGACACAUUUGGGGUACCUUUUUUAUUGGUUGGUGCAAAACACAACUUUGUCCAAAAGAAGGCAGUUGGUCCAAGGAUUUCAACAGCAUCUGAUCCCAUGGCUACGGAAGAUUUUAUAUUACUUUUUGUAGAUCUUGGUACAUGUAUUUAACAUUUGUGUUAUUCCCAACUUCCUUAAAUGUUAUUAGGCUAAUCGGAAAGUUCUGAUAAAUUGUAUAAAAAUUGAAUUUUAACUAACACUCUGCCAAAACAUGUAUUGUCUUAUAUUUCUUUUUAAAGAAAUGCUUCCUUUAAUUGUACCCAUGUCUCACUACUCAAUGGUAUAGAUCUUGCUAAUAUUUAGUAGGUACCACUCUUAAAUUUGUACAUAUGAAUUAUUGUAAAUAUCUUACAGAAACUUUGAAAGCCUGUGAAAGAUAUAUAUACUUGUAUAAAUGUUUUAAUUUUCCUCAAAGAAAAAAGCGGGCAUUAGCUCUCUGAAAGCUGCUUUUUUGUAUUUAAAAAAGUCUGAUGAAAAAUCCAGAAAGAGUGGAAAUAUUUUUAUGAUUAAUUUGACCUAUUCAUGAAUUGCAUGUCAUGUAUGUUCAUUGCUGAUUGGACAAGCCACAGGUACAUUAAAUGUUUUAAAAUGAAGACAAAGAUUUGUGUAUAUAUUUAAAUUGAAAUUUGAAAAUAAAAUGCAGGCAUUGAUGAUGAUAGAUACCUAAUAUUUUUUGAUAAAAAUGGAAAAAGUAGCUGCAAGAACUGUUAAAAAAAAAAGUUUGAAGCUUGAAUCUUUUGCUUGACGUCAACUAUCAGGAGCCUCCGAAAGAGCCAGUGAUUCGCUUUAUGUCAUUUGAAGUGUCUGGUUUUUUUCCAAACGUUAAACGGUGUGGUGUCAUCUUCAGGGAUUCUCUCAGCUUGUAUGCAAGUGGGAUGUCAGUUUUGUGAUUGGCAUGAUUAUAUGGGAAAUAAACAAGAUCAUCUGAUCAGAGUUGUGUGUCUUAAAGCCCAUCUCUGCUGCACUGUUGAAUUGUUUGACCUCUUGACGUUUUAAGGGUCAGUGAGGAGCCGGUACAAGUGCUUCAAAACGGCUGUGUUAUUCCUGCCUAAAGCAUGCGCACAAGGUGGCGAAUAACCGCACGGAUAGAGCAAACUUUGUGCGCAUGUGCUGAUGUUCUUGGGUGACCUCAGACGCAGUUCAUUGUGGGCAUGCGCUAUCGAAAUGUACUGAACUGGCUCACGGGAGACCAGGCUGACAUAAGCCUCACAGUUGAUGAUGUAUUUGUGAACUAUUGUGUCAUCAUUGACUUUUGUAAUUGGCUAUUCUGCUAUGAUGUUUUAGUUUGUUUAGUUUAAGUGUGUUCGUUCAACUUUUUCCCCCACAAGAGCAGCUGCCGUCACACCAACUCAUCGCAGAUCCCCCAAAUCAAAUUUUGAAUCAUCAAUAUUUUGGUCCCUUUUUCUCGACAGCGUAAAUAAUUCAGGAAGAUGUUAUCUGAUGGAAGUAAUUUUAGAGAAAGGUUUCACAACACCUAUUGUUAGCGUGAACACAUGUAGUUAAUCUUUGCCAAUCAUGUCUAUCAUAUGCUGCUCAGUUAGGAGGUGCAGCCCUAUAAAAUGUACACCACUGGUAGUGUAUAGAGCUUAUCUUGGUCUUGUUCCCUGUUUGGAACUUUUCAAAGUGGCAUGAAGCGGGUCGUCAACGGAGGCACCAACCCACUCCUUUUUAUAUUUUUGAUGAUGUAUAAACUGUGACGUUUUUCUGGACAGGGAAAAGCUCAGGCUGGCAUGAAUGAGAUUAUGCAAAUGAAGCAUAGUUUAGAGGCCAAAGUAAAAUUGUUAGUGUAAUUGCAGUGUUUUCCAUUUUUAUUUCUUGUAGAUGCUGUCUGUAGUGGGUUUUUUUCCAGGCUACUCAAGUUAUAGCCUAGCUUGUACCAAAUUAACCAACCAAGACUAGCAGUGUGGUCAUUUCACGCGUCAUAUUUUUUAUUAAAUGUGCCUUUGUUGUAUAAAUAAAUAUGCAACAUUCAAAAUGACAA